AUGGGGGAUAAGCAGAGCUGUCAGGCAGGGGAGGGGGAGGGUCAGGAGGGAGUGGCGGAAGAGGAUGGUUGGUUGUUCCAGGAGGGAGGAGUGGAUGUGAUGGCGGGAGAUAAGGAGCAUGGGCGACGACUGCAGUGGGCUGGCACCUCUGUCAUCCUCAACCCUGAUUGGGCUCCACUCCUCCCUCCUCGUCUCAUCCACACCUCCCUUUCUGUCGUUGCUCCUGUCUCUGUUCCUCUCCCUGCUCCUGUCUUUGCUCCUGUCCUUACUACUCCUGUCCCUGUUUCUGUCUCUGCUCCUGUCUCGUCCUCUCUCCCUGCUUCUGUCUCUGCCCUUCUCUCUACUCGUCUCUCUUCUCCUCUCCCUACUUCUCUCCCUUCCCCUCUCCCUGCUUCUGUCCCUUCCUCUCUCCCUGCUCCUAUCCCUGCCCCUCUCCCUGCUCCUGUCUUUGCCCCUUUCCCUGCUUCUGUCUCUGCCCCUCUCCCUGCUUCUGUCCCUUCCCCUCUCCCUGCUCCUGUCCCUUCUUCCGUCUCUAUCCCCAUCCCUCUCCUUAUCACCCUUCCUAUCCCUUCCCGCCCUUCCCUCCCCAUCAUGCUUACCUCGCUCUCUCUUCUCAUCAGCAGAAUCAUCCUUACCCAACCUCCUCCGCUUCCUAUCCCUCUCAUCCUCAUCUCCCUUUCCCUCCUUACCCUUCUCCCUCUCCUCCCUCUCUCUCAAAAUCCGGCAUUCCUCCUCCCACCUCUGCUCCUCAUACCUCAACCUCCUCCUCCUCUCACUCUCCUCCCAUUCCGCCCGCCACCCCCUCCCUCCCCACACGUAUUCAUCCGCACCCUCAGGAGGAGGAGCAUUUAA